GCUACAUAAGGGGAAGGUGGGACCCAACUCUUCUCCUCCUUUAGUUGCUGUGGGCCGUGCUUGGCUGGCCUUUCAAAGCUCUAAUCAUCUUCCUUUGAUCCCAUUGACGUCAAGCAAGAGUCAUCAUCACCGUCAUUUUCAUCCUGACGUCCACCCGCGGGGUGGUGUUCUCUUUCCCCUUGUACUGACCCAACCAUUCCCCUCCCCCCUUUCUACUACUCAAAUUUUGUUGUCGCAGCAUCCCUUGCCAGCUCUACGUCUUCUUCUUCUUCUUCUUCUUCUUCUAUAUAUUCACCUUUCGCUUCUGCUGCACCCCUUCUCUCGCUUGGAACCAAAGGCCCAACAACACAGCCUCAAUCCAAGUACAUAACAGUCCAUUUUCAUCGGCCCUCAUCUAUUCCAAAUACGACUCGCUUCGUCCGCGCCCACGCCCGCGCCCGCUAACCAUGACCACAUCAACCACACCCACCUUUGCUCGAGUCAGCUCUCUGACCCACUGGACAAACCUUUUCCACCCUGUGACCGGGGCUUUCAGACUCCCAUCUACCGCUGGAGAAUACAUUGAACACCUCGAUAUCGAUCUAAGAUUCGUACAUUGCGAAUUUCAAGACGUUGGCUCCCUCCUUGGCCCAAAGGCUCUCGAGAAGACUCUUUUGCCCUCUGGACCCGUCCAUCUGCCCAAGGUCUGUCUGUUGACUUUGCGAGGGGCGGAGCACUGUCAAGAUUGCGAUGAGUCAAUGGAAGCGUUAGCAGAGGUUCUAGGCGUCAUCCGUCCCGUGGAAGUGAGAUGGCUCAAUGCCAGUACUGAUCCAAGAGAACAAGUCACAUUCGCGACACACCUGGUGCACGACGCCAUCAUCCAAGCGGGUCAUCAAUGGGCCAUGCAUGAGUCAUUGCGAAAGCUCGUCAUACAGGGCGGCUUCCCCUGCCCCAAUUUGACUGCGCCCACUCCGUUCAACCUCACCCCAGCGACUACUCCUGCAUCGUCUCCUGGACCUCACAGAACGACAUUUGGGACUCUCGCCUCGGCUCUGCCUUCGUUAAGCACUAUCAAGCCGAAAGCCAAGGUGGUCGACGAGGAUCGACUUAAAGCGCGUGCUGAAAGACAACGACUCGCAGAGUACACUCUCAAACCACGAUUUGAAUUUGCGUUCGGUAGCUGGGGCGCAGAGUCGAUUCACUGGCGACUCGACGGACGUUACACCUCCACCUGUAUCAAAUCCAUCGCCGAGCAGCUGUUCAAAGCACUGAACAAGACCUGGCCUCACCCCGCUACUCACUCACAUCUCCCUCUUCCGUCCUUGUUCGUCUUUACGCCUCUGGACCCUCUCAGUGUCAGCAAGAUCCGAGCUCUACCAGAUGCCCUGGAUCUGUCCUCCGAAAUGAGGGACUACAUCGACGACGUCUUCUUCUUCACUGCUCAGUUUGGAGCGCCAAUGCACGCCCGGAUGUUUGAACAAGAGGACCAAGUGCCCGUCAGCGAUAGAUCUCGACAGGCAAGACGCCUCAAAGCUGAAAUGAUACUUUUGCACAAUGGUCCGAAUGUGAUUGUCGAAUUGGCUCAGUUGAUCCCUUCGAUACCGGAUUCCACCAACUCGUCAGAAGCUGGAACACCCCCUGGUACAGCCAAAGAUCAACUGGUCUUUCGUCUCGAUGGAUCCGAUUCAUCACCGGGAAGCUUGCCUUCCAUCAUGACAGAUCACGAGGGCGGCGUGUCGUCCGACGAGGAGGAUGCCGUGGCGAUGACUCCGGAUCUCGGGACCAGUCUCGUCAUGGAUGAAGGGGCUGUGACUGCCUCAGACAGAGGUGGCGGCGGAUGCAAAUCUGGACCUAUUCCUAUCAGGCAGGGCUCUUGGGGAGUUUAGCGACGAGCAGUCGCUUAGGUCGGAUGUGGUGAACAAGCAGCCUGCCUGACCUUUAGAUACCACGAAAAAGGCUCUCUUAUGCCUCUUCUGUACAUGUAGCGAGAGAUCAAGUCGACCGUUCUUAUCGUUCCUGUAUCCGUACUUAGU